CAAUCGGAAGGUUGGGCCCUCAAGCAUCGGUGCAGCCCUCCCGCGUGCACCUGUUCACCUGCGCACGCCAGACAAGACGGGACAAUUGCAUUGCAACGUACAACGACACCGACACUGACACCGACUGAGCAUGCACUCAUGAGCACACACACACACACACAUUCAUCUAGAGCCGUGCGAGCAGAGACAAGCAGACACGAGCAGGAGGUGACCUGUCAGCGCAGCUUGGAUUGGGGAAAGUCUGACAAGAGCUGA